CCCAUCACGAGGACCGCUCACCAUGUCCGCCCUCCCUCUCACACGGCCAAUGCGGCCACUAUCAACAAAAUCAGCCUCCCUCUUCCUCCCACACCUCACAACGCGCCACGCCUCCUCCACCCGACGGCACAAAAAACUCAACAUCAUCCCCCCAGCGCCCUCCUACAAUCUCUCCGCCACCCCCAACAGCACCACCCACAGCCGGAGCGCGAAACCGUCCCCUCGUGCCCCCUCCGCCACCCACAUAAUCUUCAACCCGCCCUCCGCGGCCCCCUCUCCCACAAUCACGCCGCCCAAAUUCCUCCCAGCCUCUGACCCCCGCCGCGCGCUCUACUCCUCCUUCACCGCCGCGUCAACGCGAUCAGCACUGCAAUCGCGGACACCGCUCACCGCAGCCACGGGGACGAGCCUAGCGAGCCAGAGUCUGCUGCCGGCCCGGCCUAGCGCGAAUUUACCACCACCAGUGCGUGGGAGCGACACUUAUGAGAAGAAGUACCAUCUCACGGAUGCCGAUAUUGCGGAGAUUCGGAAACUAAGGACGGAGGAUCCGUAUACGUGGACCAGAUGGCGAUUGGCGGAGAAGUUUGGGUGCUCGCAGUUUUUUGUGUCGUUGGUCGUCAAGGCGCCUGAAAAGGCGGCGGAGGUGGAGGCGAGCCAUCAGGCGGCGAGGGAUAGGUGGGGGAAUAGGAAGAGGAUGGCGGAUGAGGAUCGGAAGAGGAGGAUGGCGAGUUGGGGGAGAUGAAUGGAUAAGGGCAUGGUUGUGUAUUGGUCUGCAUGGAUAGGGGCAUGUGUGGAUGAGGCAAGAGGAAUGGUGCGAUGAGUAAAGACGUAGAGAUGGACGAUGAGUUACAUUGUAUAUCAUUUGUGGAAGGGGUGGUCACAGUACAGUAUGUGUAUGAUACUUGGGUUGAUACCCGCAACGAGAGGAUGGGCGCAUUAGAAGCAUUUUGCUGUAAAAUAUCUACCGCAUCAUCCAACCAAAAAUUUAUCUUGCAUCAUAUCAGAAAUAUAGACGCAUUGGAUCGAAUGUCUAUCAAAAC